AUGCGAGCCGCGCUAGGGGCCAAUGAGCGUCCGCCAUACUUGGAAAAGCUGCUGAACAAGGCGCCUUUGUUUUCAUUGCUAACUUUCAUCGGAGCACUAUACUGGGCAUGGAACAUCUUCAACCCAGAGUUUUGCGAGCACACGCGCAUUUCUGAACAUGCGCUGAUGGGCGGCAUUGUCAACGAGAAAUUCAACAAGGAGGGCAUCUACACAGAGAUUCUGAAGGGCCUACCAGCUCGGAAAAACGAACGAAACGAGUACCUGCUCGAACGGCUUGAGCAUUAUCGGAUCGACGGGUACGAGCAGCGCUGGCGUACAAAUGCUGCUAUUUAUAAUACUAGCGGCGUAAAUGUCUGGGGAGUAUUCCGGGCGAAGCGAGCUGCGAGCACGGAAUCGUUGCUUUUGGCCGCCGACGCAAAGGAUAACCACGCCAUAUCAUUGGUGGUUGCGUUUGCUGCCUAUGCUCAAGAACAAGUCUACUGGGCCCGCGACAUAUUCAUCCUGAUGGCCGAUGGUGGGCCACUGGGCGUGGAAGCCUUUCUCAGCGCAUUCCACCACACCCAACGAGGUGGACUCGUUUUUGAUCGGCUACCGACGCGUGGCGAUGGACUGACGGCAAUGCUGGCCGUCAAGCAAAGCAGCAAAGAGAUUGAGCUGCAAAUCAAUCAGCUAAACGGAGAGCUGCCUAAUUUGGACUACGUCAACACCGUGAUUCGUGUUGGUGCCACGAGCAAAUUUCGAAUGCCAUCCCUGAUUUAUGGAAUCAGAGACCGACAUGAGGGUGGGAACAAUCCAUGGUGGCUCAUUCCGGCCAGAGCUCUCUAUACACAGGCUUUUGUAUCGGUCGAAGGGCUGCAUUCCCUCAGCACAAAAUAUGGCGUCCAGGGUCUCACCAUUGGGCUUCCGCUGAACUCCGGGUCACCGAAAACAGCGGCAAAGUUUGUAGAGGCGAUCAUGCGUUCGUUGAACAACUUGUUGGAGAGCUUCCACCAGUCAUAUUUCCUCUACGUGCUAGCCGAUGAAGACAACUUUGUGUCGAUUCUGUAUUUCAUGCCGAUCCUUGGUGGAGUCGUUGCGCCAUUGGCCAUCUUUGCUUAUCGAGAGUGGGUAUUUGCUGUACAGAAACUUGUGAUCCCGUCGGCGCUGUUGUUGGCGCACGGGGCUGGAGUCGCUGUCUGGUAUUGUUCCACCAAGGUUUUCCGUGAACAUGCCGUGACGGACGACACACCAUGGCUAGGCCUCUUGGCAGCCAUCCUUUUUCCGAUUGCGGCGCUGUUUCCAAUUGCUGAAAAGUCGAAAUCAUCACUUCGUUUCCUGCUACUCCUCGAAUCGGCGCUGAUCUUUGGGUUGAUUGGUCUGCUCAAUUUCCCGUUGGCCCUUCUUACGGCCAUUCUAACCGUUCCAAUCAUCAUCGUCCUAUCGCGAGACCUGUCGGUCCAGCCCCGCGCACGACAGAUCCUUCAAGCUACAUGUGUCCUAUUAGCCCACCCGUUGAUCAUCUAUCUGCUGGUUAACAUUUACGUGUUGCCGCUGAUUGGCUUUGGAAGUGUAGAUGGAGCUAACCUGAAGCUCCAGGAUAUGGUCGAUCCGAUCCGACAUAUGCUCGCAAAUCACUUGCUAUUCGGUUGUAAUCUAUACCCAAUAUUUCUCAUCCUGGCACUCCCAAUUUGGGGCCUCCUUUUGCGCCUCUCCCUC